AUGGCAGCUACCGAAGAACUAAGCGGAAUUUUAAUGAGGAGACAGGCGAUCAACGACAAACUCGAGGAGGGCUUAGAUAUUAAACCGAAAUAUAAAUUCGUCAAUGUAUUCACCGAGUUCCACGAAUUUAGCAGAAAGGAAAUAAAACAGUACGAGCAAACCUUCAACAAAUUUGACGAAGGGCGCGAUGGCUAUCUAGACUUGAAUGAAGUAAAACGCAUGAUGGAACGUUUGGGGGCUCCUCAAACACACCUUGGAUUAAAAGCUAUGAUUUCAGAAGUAGACGAAGAUUGCGACAACAGAAUUAGUUUUAGAGAGUUCUUACUUAUAUAUAGAAAAGCGAGGGCAGGAGAACUGGAAUCAGAUUCAGGGUUAGAAGCAUUCGCGAGACUCACCGAAAUAAACGUGGACCAAGUCGGUGUCAACGGGGCGAAAAAUUUCUUCGAAGCUAAAAUUGAGGAACUAGCUAAAACUAACAAGUUCCACGACGAAAUAAUACAAGAACAGGAAGAAAAACGUCGCGAGGCAGAAGAAAAGGCUGUAAGGAAACAGAGGUUCAAAGAAAAAUCAGCUAUCUUUCAACAUUGA